AUGAUUCCUUUCAAAUCCGACUCGACUUCUUGCCCACCUGACAAGCUGAUGAGAAGGUGUGCAGUGCUGUUGCGACCAUCGCCGCGAGUGCUCGAAUACCUCCUUCGCAAAGGGCGCAUUCCUGCUUCGAGCAUGGCCGUCGUUGCGGUGGAAGAGAAGAAGGAGGAACCGGAAAUUCUCGCGCCUCCUCCCAAAACCGCCGUCACGCCCUGCGAUCCCUGGCCACGACCAUACAUUCUCGACGGAGGGCUGCGGAGAGUUGCUCCUUAUCACUUUACCUAUAAUACGUUCUGCAAAGAAAGAUGGCGAGGCCGCGAAAUCCUGGAGAUCUUCCAGGAUGAGUUUCGAGAUCGGCCGGUCGAGUACUAUCAAGGUGCGAUCGAGAGCGGCGCCAUCCACUUGAACGGCAAGCCUGUGCCUUCGACCGCGACCAAGGUCAAGAACGGCGACAUCAUCAGCCACACCCUCCACCGACACGAGCCUCCAGUCACUGCACAACCAAUCGGUGUUGUGCACGAAGACGAAGACGUGAUCAUCAUCAACAAGCCUGCGGGUGUGCCAGUGCAUCCAGCAGGGCGAUACAACUACAACUCCGUCAUCGAGAUCAUGCGCGCAGAGCGAGGACACCAGUUCAAACCUUUGCCGUGCAACAGACUGGAUCGAUUGACGAGCGGUGUCAUGUUCAUCGGCAAGCACAAGAAAGCAGCUGAGAGGAUCACCGAGCAGCUCAUGGGAAGGACAGUGCGCAAAGAGUAUGUCGCGAGAGUUAUCGGAGAGUUCCCAGAUGGUGAUGUCGUCUGUGAACAACCGAUUCUUCAGAUCUCUCCAAAGCUCGGCCUGAACAGAGUGCGAGCCAAUGGUAAAGAGGCGAGGACUGUGUUCAAGAAGCUGGCGUACUAUCCUCCUCUCAAUGGCCAUGGCAUCGGCUAUAGCAUUGUCCGCUGCCGACCUUUGACGGGACGAACACAUCAGCUGCGCGUUCAUCUUCAGUUCCUGGGACACCCAAUCUCGAACGAUCCGAUAUAUAGCAACCAACGUGUCUGGGGCACCAAUCUGGGUAAGGCGUCGAGUACAGGAGAUGAUGAUGAAGACAUUAUCAGCAGGCUGUCGCGAAUGGGCAAAGAAGAUGUUGCAGAAGCCGUUGCUUACCACGAUGAGAUGGUGGACGAGUACAACCGCAAGAAGGCAGAAAAGAUGACUGGAGAGCUAUGCGAGAUCUGCGACACGCCCCUCUACAGCGAUCCAGGUGCGCACGAGCUGGGCAUCUACCUUCACGCUCGCAAGUAUGCAGACGCAGAUGGAGCCUGGAGCUACGAGACACCCCUACCAGAGUGGGCAUUACCGCCACCAGGCUACGAAGGACCGAAAGAAGCCAGCAUGGAGAGUGAUCCACUGGCCGUGGACGUGGAGAAGCUCAGCUUGAAUGGGGUCUACGAGAGCAUAGAGAAAGGCACUGCCACUGCUGCUUGA